AUGCCAAAACGAAGUGCGGAAGAAAAAAUCGAGCGUUACGAACGAAAAAUUAGAAAAUUACGUGAACGCGAUGUCGCACGACAUCGCCGAAUACGGGUCAUAUCAUCACAAUCUUCCAAUAAUGAAGGUGUUGAAGACGCCGACCAUCCUGAGCUAAACCUUAUAGCUAACACGAAGGACCUCUGGAUUGCUUCAGGGCAGAGUCCCACAACACCUGAGCCCAUGCUGGAGCCCGAGCUUAUUCCGGAACCUGAGCCCACACUGAAGCCAGAGUCUAGACCAGAGACCAGGGCGGAGAAACCAUUAGAGCCACAUGCUUUAGAGGCAACUUCGACGGAACAAAACACGAACGGUGCAUCAUCUGAACCAGAAUUGGACCCUGAACUUUUAGAAGCCCUCGAAGUGGGAUCGCCCGUGCUUUUUAUUAAUCGUUAUUUUAAAUAUUUCAGCGCAAACUAUUUCAAUAUGGAUGUGGAGCUGGUGAAAGGGCUGUUGGAGACCAUCCAAAAUGUAAUGGUUUCAAAUAUGCGGCACGACGAUUCAGCGGUGCCAAUUUUCGACCUGGACAAAAACAACGACGGAGCAGCUGCCUAG